AUGUCCAAAUCGGUGUCAAUACCGCAGGCGCUCAGCGACCUCAAACGAACCUCACUUCGACGCCUGAGCAGUGCGACGUCUCGACAGAAGAAGGUUCCGGUGAGCACAACAACACUCACCGGAUUUGUAAUACUUGUCGAACAGGAAGGAGAUGAGGUCAGGCUAUAUGGCACUGCUGCCGAUCGAGCUGGGCUCAGCAUUGGCGAUGAAAUUGUUGGAGUGAAUGACUUGAAAGUGGCAGGCAAGAAGUAUGAGGAAAUCGUUGCUUAUAUUCAAGAGUGUAUUCGAAAGAAAAUAAUUCAGCUAAAAGUUCGAAAAACGGCAGUCGAAAUUCCGGCCGAAAACGAAGCAUUUGUAUUUAAUUGCGCACAGACAAGUCGGAUGGUCACUGAUGCGUAUUUGGUUUCGGUGGACAAAGAGCACAUUAAAGAGGUCACAAAACGAUUGAAUAAAGAAUAUCCUGAAAUCCGGACGUAUGAUAUGGAGCAUAUUGCGGCUACCACGCCAACGAGUGUGGAGAAACCAAAGACGAAUGGUUUAGGAGUUGAGCGAGGGAGCCUUCGAAGGCCUUUGGAAAGUUUUGAAAUGCUCGAAAAACGACGAAAAGAGCAGGAGAACACGUUUCUGAGAAGCUCGUUGAGAAAAUCGAAGAAAUUGCAAUCGCUUGCUAAAUCCGUCGAACCAGGAAGUAAAGAGCCUUCAAAGGUUGCCUCAUUUGCGAACCCUUUGGCUGAAGUCGAAGAAUCCGAUUUGCCUGGAACAAUUCAACGAGCAACACCGUCAAAAUCUGAUGCCGAAGCGAAUAACAACAAAGAGCCAAUUCUGCUGGAUGAAGUCAUCAUCUCGGUUGAACGAAUCGCAUCCAAACUUUCGUCUAUUGAAGUUGCUGAAUCCGAUGUCGCGAUGUUUCGAGAAUACUUCUCCGCUCCGCCAAUUCAAGCAGCCAUUGAGCAAACUGUCAAAGCUAAUGAAAAGACUACAAAUGGAAAUUGCGGAACAUCGUCUGGAAUCGGAACCGACAGCGGUGGUUCCUCAUGCUCGUCAUCUCCAGUUCCACCGAAAUCCAGAAACGUUGACGAAGUUGAAGGACGAGCUCGAGUUGUUUCAAUAAUCAAAGAUGAGGAUAGCUAUUUGGGAGCCACUGUUCGAAACGAAGACAAUAAAAUUGUGGUUGGACGUGUCGUAAAAGGAGGAAUCGUUGAAAAGAUGAAUCUAUUCCAAGAAGGCGACGAGCUUCUCGAAUUGAACGGCGUCUCAUUGAAGGGCAAACAGAUCAAUGAGAUAUGCGACAUUAUGAGGAACUUGUCGGGAGAGGUCACAUUUCUCGUCGCCUCUCGGGAAACCAACGACAAGGAUGAGACGAAACUCGUCAAUCGUACCAAGACCCAACAUGUUCAACACCUCCGAGCGUUGUUCGACUAUGAUCCAGAGGAUGACGUUUAUGUGCCAUGCAAAGAAUUGGCAAUGAAGUUUCAACGCGGUGAUAUUCUUCACGUUUUGAGCACCACGGAUGAAAAUUGGUGGCAAGCUUAUCGAGAAGGCGAAGAUACUUCGAAUUCGUUGGCUGGUUUAAUACCAAGCGCUUCCUUCAGACAACAAGUUGUGCUUUAUGCCGAAGAACUUGAAAGAGAAAACGAUAAUAAAAGGAAAGAUAGUAAAAAGAAGAAAAAGAAGACCGAUAUUCAGAAGCCAGUUGAUGAAAUGAACUUGCCGAAUAUAUCACAUUAUUCGGAUUUACUUACUUAUGAGGAAGUUGUCCUUCAGCUUCCUCGCGCUAGUCAUCGGAGACCUUUGGUUCUCUGUGGCGCUGAAGGCGUCGGAAGUUUGAAGUUGCGUGAUCGACUUCUUGAAGGUGAUCGAAUCACUCUGUCAUGCCCUGUUCCGUACACUUCGAGAGCUCCGAAGGAAGGAGAGUUCGAUGGUGUUCAUUAUCAUUUUAUUAGCAGACAGAAGUUCCAUGAAGAAGCAAGGGCGGGCAAAUUUGUGGAAUUCGGCGAAUAUCAAAAGAAUUGGUACGGCACUGCUAAAAAAGAUGUGAUAAAUGUCAUCGAACGCGGCAAGACUUGCGUGAUGACAUUGAAGGCGGAGAGCCUCGGCGCAAUCCGUUGUCCUGAAGUUCAGCCAUUCAUUGUAUUCAUCGCUGCUCCGUCAUUGCACGCUUUGAAGAGACAAAAGGAAACCGACGGAUGCUUCGGAACAAAGGAUGAGGAUUUGAAAGCAACGUUGAUGCAAUCGAAAAUGAUUGAACAAAAGUAUGGACAUCUUUUUGAUGGAAUUAUUGUCAACAUUGAUAUCGAAAAAUCGCUGAAGGAGCUUAAACAGAUCAUGAUGAAAGUCAACACCGAACCAUCAUGGGUUCCGGCUUCCUGGUCCAAUUCAUAA